GUUAUCUCGUUGAUCAGGACUCCGUCCAUGUUGCUUGUGGGAAUCAGGAAGUUGAGAUAGCUACAAUGCAGGUCUACUAGGUUCAUGACCUCGGAUGAUGGGGCUGCCUGGUGAUUUCCCCGUCUGGAGUUACCUCUCUUUGACCGUCGUUGCCCUGUGUUGUGUCAGAAAUGCUGGUGGCGUCCUUUCAACACAAUGUCCGCCUCCGAAAGCUCUAUUGGUUGUGACGAAAGGAAACGAGCGUAACCUGACGAUCGACUCGACCUCCUACACGGCUACCGCUGUCUCUCUGCCGGUGAAGUGUGUCUCUGAGGCGUUCAUCCCACAGGACGAUGUAAAGGCCACAUGUAAAAAUGGCAUAUGGAAACUCCCCAAGACCAAGUGUGUCCCACUGAUCUACCGUGAGCGGAAGGUCACCAACACCAUCAUGGCAAUUACUGGGGCCGUCGGCGGCGUGCUUGCCGCUGCUUUCAUCAUCGUCAAGGUCAUCUGCUACCGUCGGAGCAGCGGCAAGGGACAACGGGGGUCCGUGAGACAUGAUGACAUCGAGAUGACCAGUGAUGGUCGUGUUUCGACAAUGAGCAGGAACCUGCCCGUACAAACGGACCGACAAUCUGCGCACCUCUACACACAAUCUGUCGUGUCUGGACGUACCAGCCAACACACACAGCCCACCUACAACCACGACGGACGGGCGUUGAGAUAUUGAAACAAAGACUACUUUCUCACAUUUGUCGGGGGUUAAUGAGUCACGUGAUGUCAGUUAUCUGAUUUCAACCAAUGAACUGCUUACAAACUCAUCAUGCUUAUGCUGAACGUGCCACAACCUGCAAAUCCAGUCCUGCUCUAAAUCUACUAUGUGAACAUAUUAAUAGAGGUAUGAUUGUUAAGUAAUCGUAAAGCAUUCAUUAUCAGCACACUACCCGUGUUCUCCAGACCCUAUACGAUAAAUAAAAAGAGUCUUUCAUUA